ACAGGCAGGAACGACAGGAGAACAUAUGGCACAAUGUCACUACAAUAAUCCAUGGUAUGUUUCAUUCACCCUGCAAGUUUAUUAAUAAAUAUGCGUUAACUGGACUUCUGACUGGACCUCACUUCAAUGCAAUGUUUGCUGCUGCGUAGGAUCACUCCCUCAAACCUGUUGAGUAGUGACAAUAAAUUAGAACAUUUAAAGGUGAAGAUUGCCACUACAACUCAAGUAAGAACGGUGCUCUUCGAGUGAAAAGGACAAUAAGAAGAACACCAAAGGACAUCAAAAGCCUCAAGAGGACUAAUUGUGCCACGGCCACGCUGCUACUCAUCAGCCAGGGUGAUUGGAAACACCUGCCAGCUCUAUAGGAACACCAAUGGGGAACUCCUAUGCGGGCCAGCUGCGGACCACACGCUUUGAGGAGGUUCUUCACAACUCCAUUGAAGCAUCGCUGAGGUCCAACAUUGUAGUUCCACGACCUAUUUUCUCCCAACUGUACCUGGAGGCAGAACAGCCACUUGCAGCACACACUAGCCGUGCAGAGAAUGAUGAUGAAGAUGAAGAAGAUGGGUCAGAAUCAAACAGUCCCCCAUUACUCUAUCAGAUGAAACCCCCGCCAGAGGGCUGCUGCACCACAGAUGGUUUCUGUCAAGCUGGCAGGGAUUUACGUCUGUCAUCAUUGGCAUCAGACCCCUUGGAUAUUCUCCCUGGAUUCAUGUUGGUUGGGCUUAAGUCCCCCUCUCUCCCCGACAACCUGCUGGUGUGCGCCGUCGACCAUCGCUUCUUGCCGGAUGAACGAGGUCACAACGCUCUGCUGGGCUUUUCUGGGAACUGCAUGGGCUGUGGUGAAAAGGGGUUCCGCUACUUCACAGAUUUCGCCAACCACGUUAACCUGAAACUCAGCACCCAGCCUAAGAAACAGAAGCACUUAAAGUACCAUCUGCACCGAAACAACCAAGGUGCGCUAGUUAAAGGAGCUGCCAUCUGUUGGAGGGGACACGAUGGCAGGAUAAGACAAAUAGGUCCCAGACUCUUAGAGGGUCAUGUGACAUCAGAUGAACAGUCAUCGAACUUGCUGUUGUUGCAGCCAUCACAUACACCCGCCAACUACACAGCGUCUCAUACAAAUGGUUUGCCUCAAAUCGCAGAUACCCCACACCCUCUAACAAAUGGCCAUAAUGCCAUUCCUCCCAUCCCGCAACCAGCAAUGAAUCACUCAGGACCGGGGAGACCAUCUACAACAGGGACACAGACAAAUGUUGGACCUCCCAAAAAGAGGCACAAGGGUUGGUCCCCUGAAUUGGCUUCCAACGUUGUUUCAGAGAACACAGUCAAGAUGCCGCCAUCUUCAUCAACCUUAUUGACUUCGACAGCGCAUUCUUCCACCACAAACGGAGCCAGAUUAGAUGCCGCCACACCCAUGAGUUCCUCCCAGAGGUCCUCAACCACUCUUUCUCCCUCUGGAUUGUCUGUAGCUGUGCCUGAUCAGCUGUUACGCACAUGUGGACUUCAACCUGUCAUCUUCAAAGGUCACGGUCCUCUCCCUAGGCUGACUGGUAAUGUCAGCGAAGUGCUCGUCAGUUCUCUUCUCCAGAGUUGUUAUUUGAGCUCUCAGACCCUACCCAGAGUCUACCAGCACUACGGACCAUCACCCAUUCAGCCGCUCUCAACUGAGAUGCAGAUUCUACUCACUGUCUACUAUCUUGUUCAGCUUGGCCCAGACCAAGUGCCCCUGAUUGAGGACUUGGAGCAGAUAUUCAUGAGGUCAUGGAGAGAAUCACACCUCAGUGAAAUUAGACAGAACCAACAACCUCAAACACCGGGCUCUCAAGGGAGGCACUAUGGCAUCGAGACACCUCCCACCCUUCCUGGGCUCCCUCAGCAUCUCAGUUUACCCUACCAGCAGCCACUGACCCCAAGCCAGCUUCCUUGGCUUGCCCAGCUGGCUGCGUCGUCGUGUGGAGUAGGGGUUGUGGUGUUUGGGGAACAUGUGGGAUCUUUGGCUCAAGGCCUUCAGCUGAUGUUUUGCAAGUUAUUGGAAGGAGGGUUCCAAAACACAAACUAUGUAGUCAUCAUUGUCACUGUUUCCGGGCAAGAAACACAGUCUUGUGUGAUAGUCACAGGUAAACACCAGUGUCGGGCCUUGGCAGAGAGUAUGUUCUCUCCCAGUGAGGGUUUGAGAGAAAUAAACCACCAGCUUUCAUCUGGUGAAACCCAGGAACUCAUCCAGUUCUGCAAUUCACUUGGACAAGAAGGUGAUAUGGAUUCCCUGCUGGACAGUGCAACACUGGACAGCAAUGAGCCGUCUCCCUUAUCCAGCAGUCAGGAAUCAACUGAUGACAAAAGUGUGAAAAAGACACAUAGUCCAAAGGACUCACACAGCCCUAAAGAAAGAGUUCUGGCUACUAAAGAAACCUGUUCAGAGUACUCUGUAGAGUGGCGGGAGGUCCGGCCUAUCCAGUUAGCAGUGGCAAGAAAGCUGCUGUCUCAUGUUUGUGCCAUAGCAGAUUCCAGCACACAGAACCUGGACCUUGUGUCUUUUGACAGGGUCAAUUUCCUCAUUCUGGUUCCUCCAUCUGAGGUCACAUUUCAACAAACUGUCCUCCACCUAUGGAGCUCGGGUGUUCUUCAGGAACUCGGGAGUCUAGACCAAGAGUGUGCAUCUCAGCGGGAUGCAGAGCGCUUUGUGGUUAAAAUGGAUCAAAGUGCUCAAGUGCAAAUUGACACCCUUAUCCAAGAAGCACACAGCAACUCUUAUACGCUUUACAUCCUAAUCCAUGACCACGCCCACUGGGACAUUAGUAGUGCCUCCUACUGUAACUCGGAGUCCGGUUUGGGCCUGGUGGACCAGCUACUGAAUUCCAGACGGGUCAGAGAUGCUCCCAACAUCCUGAUUCUCCAUGUGACAUCCUUCCCCUUCGCUCUGCAGACACAAUUCACACGCAUCAGCCCUUACAACGAAAUCCACUGGCCUUCCUCUUUCAGCAAUGAUGUUGACCUGUAUCAUGAAAGAACACGCUACUUUGGUGUGUCCGAGCUUCUAGACUCAACUCGCUCAGGGGGCAGCCUGCCCCUGAUGCGGUACGAUUCUUCAUUUGAGAGCAUGGCAGCUUCCCUGGAGGAAAGAUUCCCAAAGCUGCACAGUGCUGUGAUCCGCACCACAGUUCUCAUUCAUCACUACUGCAUAGCGCUGAUGGCCGUGUCUGGGAGGCUCAGCGGCUCGCACAAUCUCCACAAACACUCAUCUGUGGAGACGCUGGGCAUCGUGCAGUCGCUGUUAAGCGCUGCCCAGCAAUGCCCUACCCGCCACGGUCACAUGGUCUUACUGCGGAUCCCCUCUCUGGCUCUGGCAGCAUGGGCACAUCGGCGACUAUCCAGAGUGAGGAAGCAGCUGGGUCUUGAGGAGAAGUUUGAGAUCAUACUGGGGAAUCCAGGCCAGCCUCUGAAUAUUGGGCAGAGUUUUGUUGAUCAGAUUAAGAUAUGGCUGAAAAUCCAAGAAGCUGAUUGGGUUCCCCGAACCUACCUGGAGCUUGAGGCCCUUCCUUGCAUCCUAAUCCUGUCAGGAGCUGAACCUCUGGGAGAGUCACUUCCCAGGUCAUUGAAGUACUGUGACCUUCGAGUGAUAAGCUGCUCCUAUCUGCAACGUACCACCCUCGAACAAGAGUUGGGACUAGCAGCCUACCUGCUGAAGGCGGAGUCUCGGUCCCCGCACAACCCGGGGCCAGGCAGUGACUUGCUGGAGAGUGAUGCAGAAAAACUCAGCAGCACUGACAAUGAGGAAGAGGAGGGCCAGGAUAACGGUAAAAACUCCCCUCCCUCCUCCAACCUACCAGUCCAAUCCAGCCCAGAUAUUGGAGCAAAAUCCACAGCCUCUACUCAGAACAACAUAUCACCAAAAGCCCCAAAGAGCACAAAGGCUAGCACCCCCUCUCCUUCACAAACGCAGACUCAGCUUGCUGCUCAGUCCACUUCUCAAGCAUUUUUAUAUCCUCAACCCUCUUUUCACCACCUAAGCCAGUCUCAAUCCCAGACUUACGUGCAGGCCCAACAAGUUCCAAGUCAGAACCAUCCAGUGUCCCAAAUUAACCUUCAAUCUUACUUUCACCAAGUAUCCCAUCCACAACUCCAACCACCACUGCCUCCUGCCCAGUCUCGUCGCCACCCUUCCAAAUCCACCUCCUCUGGCUCUUUGUCGCCCCGAGCCUCUUCUCCCCAUCUGAACUGCUCCUGGGCACGAGGAGUAAGUCGCCCACCAUCUGUGCUCCUUCCCCGCUCGCUUUAUGAUAUCAUCACAGCCAAUGACGGCAGCGGGCUUCCGCGAUGUACCUCCUUCCUGCCACAUAUGUCAGUAGCAUGGGUCAGCAGCUUCAGGCCUUUGCUUAGUAAAAUGAUGACGUGCACAGAACAGUCUCUGUACUACCGCCAGUGGACAGUCCCCCGCCCUUACCACAUGGACAGCAGUAAUCGCACCGAAGGUCGAAGCGACAACUUCCACCCUCGCAGGCUGCUCCUCAGUGGACCCCCACAGGUGGGUAAGACAGGCGCUUACCUUCACUUCCUGGGUAUUCUUUCCCGGAUGCUGAUCAGGCUUAUGGAGGUGGAUAUCUACAAUGAAGAGGAAAUCAACCUCAAUGCAAGGGAAGAUGGGGUCCAAUACAGCACAUCCAAUGUCCUCUGGCCCGACCCAGAAAUUAUGAAGACAUUGUCCUUUGACUACACAGUCCAUGACCCCAAAUAUGAUGACAUAAGUUUCGUCUACUGCCCUGGAUACAAACCAGUUUCUGAUGGCAACACAAUGCGUCAGGAAGAUGUGUGCUUGAGGAGGCGCACAACCAGGAUCAAACUAUCCAAAUAUGCUGCCUUUAACACCUAUCACCAUUGUGAACAUUGUCAUCUGUACUUAGGCUUCAACCCAAGAUACCAGAUCUACGAAUCCUCGCUCCAUGUCUUUACAUUUACCCAUCUGCGUCUUGGAGAAGAGAUCCAACUCUACUUUAUCAUCCCAAAGUCCAAAGAGCACUAUUUUAGCUUCAACCAACCAGGAGGCCAAGUGGAGGGCAUGCGGCUGCCUCUUUCCACAGACAGGAGCCCAGAUAGCAUCAAGAGUCCAAUCUUCACUCCCACCACUGGUCGCCAUGAGCAUGGUCUUUUUAACCUGUACCAUGCGAUGGAUGGAGUCUCUCAUCUUCAUAUCUUGGUGGUCAAAGAGUAUGAGAUGGCAGUAUACAAGAAGUACUGGCCAAACCACAUCCUGCUGGUGAUGCCUGCCAUCUUCAAUGCAGCUGGGAUAGGUGCCGCUCACUUCCUGAUUAAGGAGCUCUCGUACCACAAUCUGGAGCUGGAGCGCAGUCGCCGGCUAGAGGGAGGAGCCCCAGCCGUAGAUGUCUGGCCCUUUGUUAUCCUGGCAGACGACUCAUGCGUGAUGUGGAAUGCAGUAGAUCUCAAUGUACACACAGGUCCAGUGGAGCAUGCUGUGUCACUCAAACAGGUGUUGCAACACAUGGAAGCCUGUCCAGACCUGUCCCACUAUGGUCUGUGUGGAAUGAGGAAGUGGAGCAGCCGGGUUCUUACAGCUCCUAACCAGAGGGAACCUUUCUCCAGAGGUCACCUGCAUGACUUCCUCCUUCUCAACGUCGAUCGGAGUCAAAACGUCCAGUACGACCAGAACCGCUUUACCUGUCAUGACGUCGACUUUACUCUACGGUUGCACAGUGCCGGGCUGCUCGUUUGCCGCUUUAACAACUUCAGCGUCAUGAAGAAGCAGAUCGCAAUUGGAGGAUACAGAACUUUCAUCAUCAAGACGAAGAUGACUGAUGUUCCCACUUCAGUGGGGCCCUCACAGUACAUCUGCGCACCCGACAGCAAGCACCUCUUCUUGGCCACGCCGGCUCAACUCCUCCUGGAAAAAUACCUCCAGCACACCAGCUACAAGCUCUUUCCUCUCAGCACCAAGAACUACGAACACCCCGUUCUGUCUGUGGACUGCUAUAUCAACCUGGGCCCUGAGGUGACAGUGUGUUUUGUAAGUUCAAGACCUCACUCCGUCAACAUCUGCACCAAGGGUCUGCUCUUCAGCGGCCUACUCCUCUGUUUUGCUGACACCUUUGUGACCCCCAGCUUUCUCAAGAACUUUACAUUCCUUAAAGGUGCGACUCUGUGUGUGAUCAGUGAAGAUCGCAGCUCCUUACGGCAGACAGUUGGCAGGCUGGAACUGGAAGAGGAAUGGAGGUUCAGGCUCAGCGAUGAAUUCCAGACCGCAAACGCCAAGGAGGACCGACCUCUGUUCUUCCUGACAGGAAAGCAUAUAUGACUUGGAACAACCAUGAACACAUGAAUCACCUGAAAACAUAUUGUUUACAUCAGGCGUGACCAAAGUGCGGCCCGAGGGCCAUUUGUGGGCCCCAGCUAAUUUGUUAAUGGCCCCCGGCCCAUUCUAAAAAAUACUAUAAUAAAAAUGUAAAACAUAAAAGAGUGUAAUAAAAGAGUAAAGAGUGACAUGUAACAAGCAAAAGGUGCAGUGUUGACACUCAUAACACAAAGCUGCCAUGCGGACUGUUAUUGACGUGCUGAAGGCUCCAAUUACUUCACUGGAACAAUUUCACUUUCAAAUAUUUUGGGGGGAUAAUAUUGCAUAUUUUGUGCGAAACAAAGUUUUCUUUCACAAAAAAGGCAUCAAACAAACAAAAAAGUAUGAAAAAAAUUAUAAAAUCUUAUUUUCAAAGAGAUCUACAUCCUUAAGCGUUAAGUUAAAAAAUACAAAUAUACAUUUGGCUUAUUUUCAACACUUAUUCUUUUUUAUUGUUAUGAAUUAUUGACCUAUUUAGGGUUCCAAAUACUUCACGUCAAAUAUUCAGUUUUUAAAUGUUUUGGGGACAAAUGUUGCAUAGUUUGUGUGUUUGCCAUAUAAAUGAGGGUUUUGACAUAAAGGCCAUAAACAUAAAACAUCAUUUAUGACUUAUUUCUAACUUUUUUAUGACUCAGACCCUUCCGAAGACCGGGGACCAAACUUGAGGAAAGCCAUAAAGGUAAAAAUUAAAAUAAAAACUAUUGUAUUGCUUUUAAAAAAGAAAAAUAUCAAAAUGGCGCCCGCAUACUUUGAUUUUUCAGUCUGCGGCCCUCAGUGGAAAAAGUUUGGACACUAUGGUUUACAUGAACUACAUUUAUUCUCUAAAUGGAAACUAUUUGUAUUACUUUUUUGUGUGUGUUUGGAAGGUGCCUAGCUGUUUUUACAAGAGUUUUGUGUGAAAAGUAAUGCACUCCAGUGACAGAAAACUUGUGUAUUUUAGCUUUACUUGAAAAAGCUCUGUUAUUCUAAAAAAAUAUAAACAGUAUUUUUAACAUUUUCACUGCAGCUCAUCAGCGGCAUGUGAUUGGAAAACGGAAAACAAUCCAACUAUGUAUUUCUUACUUGUGAGAACACAAUGUAGGCGCAUGUCUUGUUGCAAUACUCUGCGGUAUUUCUUUCUGCAGAACUUUUCCAUCAACUGACACAAUCAUGAGGGUAUGAGGGUAGCCUAUUUUUGGCAUUAUGUUUUUUAUAUAAUUUGUUUUUUUGUAGAGAUUUGGAUGUUAAUUAUUUUAAGAAUAUUUUAUACAGUACUUAUCUACUGCUUGAGCUUGUUUUUCUUUAUUGAAGUGUAGAUGUGUUCCCUUCCAUCUGAAGAAUGUUUUGUACUGUAAAUUGGCAGCAUGUGACGUGUGUUUCUAAUUGUAUAAAUGUACAAAAAUGUUUUCAUUUC